CUCUCUCUCUCUCGUGCUCCUUUUUCGCCACUAAAAGAGUGGCAUAUAUAAUCCAUGCUAGAGAAAGAACUGCAGCAGAGAGGGACGUGAUCACAAGCCACGCUCGUGCACAUACGCACACCCUCGGACACACACACACACGCGUGUAUCGUGAGCAGGACUGAUGGAGGCAGAGAAGAGGGGCGUGUGAGACUGCAGUGGCAUCCUUCUUCUCCACUCGACGUGUGCAGAACGAUCUUCCUCUUGCGCUCCGAAAGCUGAAGCCGGCAUGUUCUGCUUCUGCCUGCAGGGCUCUUUGCUGAAGCUCCAGGCUCUGGAGGGAGACACCAGCCCUUCUUCAGACACCUCUCCAGAAGAAAGUCCACCCAGCCUGGGAUUCAAAGAAGAAAUCCUGAUUCCUUCAUGCAAUGGCAUUGGGCAAGAGCACAGCUCACCAGACUGUAGGCUGGCAGAGGGUGACUGUAGCAGUGAUCUCCAGCAGAGCCCGGGGCCCAGUCGACUCAUCCAGUACAUCACGGACGACAACAGCCCCCUGCCCUCCCCACGCUGCUCCAGCCUCAGCCAGAGCCAACGCUUCAACACAGACCCUGAAUCUGCCCCGUCCCCACCCUGCGCACAACAUCUCAUCAUGGCUCGUGGGGUUGUUAGAACAGAGGUUCCUGGAGACGCAAAGGAAGCUACUUCCAUCCCACUCCUCAGCAAACACAUCCAAACUCUCAAGAGGAAAAUACGCAGGUUUGAGGAGCGCUUUGAGCAAGAAAUGAAUUAUAAGCCUUCACAUAAUGAUAAAACAGCCAAUCCAGAGAUGUUCAAGCUCAUGAGUGAACUAGCCAGGUCUCGCAAGCAGCUCAAAGAUUUGAAGCUUAGACAGUCAUUUGAGGAAUCCCGGACACAUGAAAACAACCAGUACACAGAUAUUUGCAGGUACUCCAACGGCCAGCAGGAGACGCCAGAGCAGCAGCACAAGCCCUCUCUGGAGGAGACAGUGGGGGCACUCCUGAAACGGCUACGGGAGAAACGCCAGGCCCUCGGCCUCCCAGACAACAUGAAGGAGAUGACCCAAAGACAGAUGGCCCUGGAGAAGAUCACUCUGCAAAAAUGUCUGCUGUAUUUUGAAAGCUUACAUGGGCGCCCUGGCACCAAACAAGAGAAAAACCUGGUGAAACCUCUCUAUGAUAGAUACCAGAUGGUCAAACAUCUCCUGUGUGUGACUCCCACUAUUACAACUAUAGAAGAAGAAGAAGGCUCAGAUGACGACUCUGUUCGGUACACACCCCCACCUGUGUGCCUCACUGAUAAGAGUGGCUGUGUGGAGGAGGAGGGAGACAGUGACCCGGCCUUUGUGUCUCCGCUGGAUGAGAUCAAGACAGUGAGACAGUCAGCCAUAACCAUGUCCAACCUCCACGAGGCCUCCAGGUCUGAGUUGUUGGAGUGUUUGCAUGAGACUCGAGCCGAAAAGAAGAGACGACGUAAAGCCAUCAGAGAGUUUGAAGAGCAGUUCCUCAGACAGAUGGGAAGAACCGCACAAAAAGAUGACCGAAUCCCCAUGGCCGAGGAGUACCAGGAGUACAAAAGUCUCAAAGCCAAAUUACGCUUACUGGAAGUGUUGCUCAGCAAACGGGAAACCACAUAAACUAUCUGAGUUAAAGAGA